ACAUAUAUAAAGCUUGACAGAAUAAAAAAAGCUAGGAUCAAAAAUAAGUUCUUUAAAAAGAACGGAGGACAUCUAUUGAAGCAAGAAAUAUCUUCUACUGAAUCACGUGUCAUGAUAAUAAAAGUUUAUACCGCCGAAGAUAUGGAGAAGGCAACAAAAAAUUUUAGUAGAAGCAGGGUCCUUGGCAAGGGAGGACAGGGUACAGUGUACAAAGGGGUUUUACAUGAUGGGACAGUUGUAGCCAUAAAGAAGUCUAACGCGGUAGUUGUAGAUCAGGUCGUGCGAUUUGUUAAUGAAGUUUUCAUUCUUGCACAAAUAAACCAUAGGAAUAUAGUGAAAUUGUUAGGUUGCUGCUUGGAAUAUGAAGUCCCCUUAUUGGUAUAUGAGUAUUUGGCCAAUGACACCCUUGCACACCAUCUUCAUGAUGGGACAGGGCUUUUGAACUUUUCAUGGAAGGAUCGUAUACGAAUCGCAAGGGAAGUUGCGGGUGCACUAGCCUAUCUACACAAUUAUGCCUCACCAGCUAUAUUUCAUAGGGAUAUUAAGCUGAGCAACAUCUUACUAGAUCAAAACUACAAAGCAGUAGUAUCUGAUUUUGGACUUUCAAAGUCGGUACCUCUUAGCAAAAAUCAUAUAACUACACAAGUUGGUGGCACAUUUGGAUACUUAGAUCCUGAGUAUUUCCAUUCUGGAAAACUUACUGCAAAAAGUGAUGUUUAUUCUUUUGGUGUGGUCCUUACUGAACUCUUAACCAGAAAAAAGUCUAUUUCCUCAAGUGACUCCGGUGAAGGCUUGGUGCCAAGAUUUAAGUAUUUGGUGAAACAACAUCGGCUUGUAGAAAUUUUGGACAAGCAAGUUCUGCAAGAGGCUAUGAUGGAUGAUGUAGUUCUUGUCGCUAAGCUUGCCAAGAGAUGCAUGAAAAUGAAAAGCAAUAAAAGACCAAGCAUGGAGGAGGUGGUCGCCAAUUUAGACAAAGUAAGUAUAGUACAGCUCGAAUUUCGUCAUAGGUGCCUUACAGAACAUGAACUCAUAACAAGUUCUAGUACACAUGUACCUCAAUACUGUUAGCCUUAAUAAUUGUCAACCCAAGUUUAAAUAGUACAGGAAUUAA